CCAACAGCCCUGCCCGCCCAGCAGCGCGCCCUGACGUUCAACGUUAGCCAACGAGCCAGCAUUCAUCCCAUCUCGAGCAGGUGCGAAUAGGUUAGGCACCCACCUUACUAUUGCUCUGCCGGCGCAACGAGGUCCUCCUUUUCCCCCCACACUCAGCGCAGCUCUUUUGCGCCCACCAAACCACCUACGUCUUCGGUGGUCAACGUUUGUAGCACACUUGCGUUGCUUACCCCGAAACUGGGUCUCGAAAUCCCCUUCAAGACUGUUGCAUGCGGCCGAACCUGGCGUGGCCAACCUUUGUUAAUCCCCGGUUGCCAAGCGCGUGCGCGUAGAGCCAAAAACUUUGUUUCGACCACCAUCUCUGCGAAACCCGCGACGUCUCCGCCCGAAUUGCGAGCCGUUUCCCCGUCCGGCCUCUUUGGUAUAUUCGAAACCGACUUGUCGAGACUGGUUGCCAUUCGCCCCUGCGUGGUCUCCAACCGACCCCGGGCUUUCCUCACGCGGUGGAAAGACCGUUGCACAAGAUUUUUGCGCCGCAACAAGCCACCAGCCUGGUUUCAUUCGUUUACUCCACGAAGACGGUCUCGCCUCGCUACAAGACUAAAAAGGAAGAGCAACAAAAAAAGUCGCUGUCACCCGGCCAGAUACCAAGUACAGAUUCUGUGCAGUGGCUUCUCGGCAACCCCCGCUUCAUUAUCCUCGUCGGUAAAUCGAGGCGCAAGACACCCUUGCCUUAGCCGUAAACUCACCGCCUCAUCUUGACACGAUCUCUGAGCGAUGACCAUGCUGCCCUCAGCUUGUUAGAAGAGAAGGUCGCAUUCUCGCCGUUCUACAGCUGUUACCUGCUGCGGAACCGUCCAGAACCCGCCGAGCCUCGCUGACACCUUCCUCGAUUGGGUCUGUUAACGCCACCCCGGGACUUGUCGAAGCCUCAACAACCAGUUGCCAUAAAGUCACUGAAAAAUAUGGCGGCAAGCGGGAACAAUCGCUCAAUGGAGUCGCGGACUGGGAGGAGUAAUCAAAGAUACAAUUCGAAAGGCGAGCGCCUGGUCGCCGGUGUGGUGCCUUUGACCGAGGACAAGGCCUACGUGAUGCUGAUACAGUCGACGCGGCGGAAGGGCUGGGUGCUGCCUAAGGGCGGCUGGGAGACGGACGAGGAAUGUCACGAGGCGGCGGCCCGUGAGGCCUGGGAGGAGGCGGGCAUCUUCGUGCAGAUCGACUACGACCUGGGAGACAUCCACGAGACGAGCCCGCGCAAGAAGGCAUCACCGUCGUCUUCGUCUUCGUCGUCCAAGAGCUCCGGCAAGGAUUCGACCAAGGACGGCAAGGACUCGCCUAAGGAGAAGCCCCGCUCGCUCUAUCGGUUUUACGAGGUCACUGUUACCAGCGAAGAGGCCGACUGGCCCGAGCGGGAGAAGCGCGAGCGCAAGUGGUUCACGUUCGCCGAGGCCAAGGACAUGCUGAAGGACCGGCCCGAGCUGCAAACCGCCCUGGAACGGUCGACCAUGAAGAGGUAGCCUUAGGGAUCGCCAUGUCGAGGGGGGAAUGUGCCGUUUCCUGUUUCCGAAUUCUUGGUACUGCAAUGGCUCAAGCGGUCCUCUUUGGGGGAGACGAAGGCGGCCUUUAACGGGCUAGAGUGCUUUUGUCAGCUUCUUCUCUUCCUUCCCCAAGACUUAAACGUCGAAAGAUCUGAAGCCAAUGUGGCUUUGAGCCGCCUUGACGCUCACGGGUACACCUCGACAUGGCAAGGAUAUUUUUCUUGGUCUGCCCAAGGUUUUCCCCUUUUCUCUUUUAUUCUCUUUGUCUUUAUCUUGGUGUUGGUGGUAUUAUUCCUAGUCAAUGCCCAGAUGCUUACCUUUGGGUAAGGGGAGUGCAUGGAGUUCUUCUUUGUCAGAAGGGCGAUGUGUCACCCUGCACCCGUGGGAACUGCAUCGGGGUUGAAUUGCUCCUUUUGUUGAAUUUCGGUCUCCCAACCAUGGAGGGGAUCGGUCACUCCUCGAAGAACCGGUUGCGGUUAAUCCGCAUGUGUCCCCAGGAGUUUGUCGAGGGCGGGCUGUGGUAGAUCUGUUUCGCGUUGCCUAUCUCACACCCUUUUCUUUCCCCUCUGGACGUAAGAUACACAUGGGUUGGGUAUUCAUGGGCAGGCCACCUCUUUUAGGGAUCCCGGUGCUUGAAAAGAGAAAAAAAAGAGAGAAGAGUCACAGAAAUCAUAUGCGGGUUUGGGGCGGCACACUUCGUUUGAACAACUUGCAUUAUCUCGGGUGGGUUGGGUUUGCACGGCUUUUCGAAAGCAGCGAAAGAAAAGAGCAUCGUAAUGCUGUUAAGCAAUUAACAGGAAUGCAGUUCAAUCUUGUU